AUGACAUCGCCCGGAGAUGCUGCUCCGGUCAAACCACCGCCGUCCUUCUCGCCCGGCGUUGCGCGAGGCACCUCAAAAUCAAGAUACCCAGACGAGGCCGAAUCAACACAUUCCAUAGACACUGAACUGGCAGAGUCCCGCUCGGGGUCUUCUCCGACGCCUUCUCAAUCAGCCACAACUACGGAACUGCCCAUCCGGUCAUCAUCACCACACGCCCGCUCCAUCAGGUCGUCCACCCCGCAAUUAACUCGAACCUCACUUGGAUCGCCUUUCGAUGGAAGAUUCGAUGGCUCAGAAGAUAUAAGGUCAUUAAUUAUUCGCGCUUUCUCCCCAACAGUCGCCGUCUACGCCUCCGAGGACACUGAUGAGCUGGUGCGGAAUAAGGGGUUCAAGGGGGGAUUCUGGGAGUUGAUUAGGCCAUUUGGGGACACCAUCCCUGGAAAGGUGGUCAUCCGGGACAGUGUCGGAUCGAGCCGUGCCUGGGAAGACUAUGGAGUGCGGUUUGUGGAUUUGAAAGGGUUUGGCCGGGCCCCUGCAGGCCGAGAGCCUGUACAGGAGUCAUCCUUGACGCAGCUGGAAGAAAUACUGGAGCAGCAACUAGAGAUGGCUGAUGGGCCUCUCGGGGGAUCUUUUACCUCAAAAGAUGCACUGGGGGUUCCCGUGGCAAGCCCGCUGUGGAAGUUGCUGUUGCGCCAAAUACUAUCCGCUACAUCUCCGGCACCCCAUGAAACAUUCACACACCCGGUUGCCAGUGUGAUUGUUAUUAGCUCACGCAACACAUCUCCGCUGGAAACUCUCCGACAACUGUAUGGUGAAAGCAGUUCUGGUGACCGGCGGUUGCCGGACUGGGUCAACCCGGAGUAUCUUCGAUAUUAUGUCUUGGUCCAUGAUGAGGAACGUGAUGACAUUACAGAGUCAACAAAACUAUAUGAUCAAAUGAAGCGGCACUUUGGCUUACACUGCCACUUGCUAAGGCUUCGUAGUAGUCAGUGUAUCGUGACGGACGAUGAUAGUGUCCAAGUGCCUCCGUGCGAGUGGCUGUCCCCACAGGAGCGCCUGUCAGGCAACCAAACUAACACUACAGCAGAGACACUUGUGGAUCUUGGGACGGACGGUACUCCAUACCUGUUCGAUUCGGAUGCCACUGCGAUUCGAGCGUUUAUUCGCGAACUCAUGGUACAGUCGGUAAUUCCGUUUAUGGAAAACCGCGUUGCUGUUUGGAAUGAUCAAAUCGCAUCCAGGAGGCGUGGAAUCAGUGGCAGAUUCAUGUCAGUGGGCCGAAGAUUCAUGACUUUUGGUUCCGGCGCACGAUCUGGAGCUACUGGUUCCUCAGGAGGAAGUGGCAACUACGACGCUACGAACAACUACUAUGGUCCAGAUGCACCAGAGGCUAUUCUACGAAAGAUGGCCGACUUCGCUUUCAUGCUUCGGGAUUGGAAGUUAUCCGCGUCUACAUAUGAAAUGAUCCAGUCAGAUUUCAAAAACGACAAGGCAUGGAAAUACCAUGCCGGCGCCCAUGAAAUGUGUGCAGUAAGCAUGCUACUCAAUCCACUUGCUAUGUCCGCCAAGAUCAAGCUCGAAAGUGUCGAUCAAAUGUUCGAGAAUGCCUGCUAUUCUUAUCUUACACGAUGUUCAGACGUGCCACAUGCACUGCGUGCCUUGACUCUUGGCGUCGAGCUUCUCAAAUCUCGGGGUGGAUCUGCCACUGAGAGCGCAGCUAGAUGGGCCAUGAGGGUCAUGGAUUUCGGCUUGGUCGGUCCGGUGGGUCAAAUUCUGUUCACGGAGAGGGUUUCAGCAUGCUAUGCUUCCAAGAUCUCCAUGGGCGGAGCUAAAUGGGGGGCGCGUCGCCGAAAAGCCGGUAUGUGGAGCAUAUUCGCUGCAAACCAAUGGCUUAAGGCAGGUAAGCCUAAUCUGGCUUCCGCUUGUCUUGAAGAAGGAGAGCGUCUCUACGGCGAUGUGCUUGACACAGAUGGUGUUUUUCCAAUCCCAGAAAUGCAGAGCUUUGUCGAUAACCUUCGGCGCUCUGUGAAACUGGAAUAUCUCGGCGCUAGAGGCUUUGAUACUCAAGAUGAGCCAGCUCCCGAGGAUCCAAUUCCUACCGAAGAAACUAGCGAAAAACUCGAGAAGAUUGACAAGCGGAACCAUCGGCGUUCACUGAUUGGGCUGCCUAUGCAGCUGGAUGUGGGAAAUCUCAACAUGACCUCAGGGGCCAGGGACCCCGAGAACACAUCAAAUGAUGACUUUGAACGAGCGUGA